CCUGCAUUUCUCACAAGAGCUCGCUUCGGGCACGCCAGGCGGACACACCACUCCACCCGUUACCUCCCACGGUCGGUACGGCCAGGACAGCAGAGCAACUGGACCUGUCGACAGUGUCAUUCCAGGGUCUUAGCUGAACUCUACUCCUAGAAAUCGGGAUAUUAAUUGCUCUGCAAAGUCUGUAUCUGUUACCAUCUCCAAACAGUUAUAAUUUAUUAUUUUAACUCUUGAGUUGGAAUCACCAUGUCUGAAGUGCUGCCAUACAACGAGGGGAAGAUGAACGGCUACGGGGCGGACAAUGAAGUCAGUCAGAUAUCUUUCAGCUGUCGACUGCAAGACACGAACUCGUUCUUCGGAACCUCGCAGUCGAAGCGACCGCCGAAACUCGGGCAGAUCGGCAGAGCAAAACACGUGGUCAUUGAAGAUGACCGAAUAGAUGAAGUUCUCAAAGGGAUGACAGACAAGUCAUCUCCCGGCGUGUAAACUUGAACGGUAAUACCAAGUCAACCUUUUCUUUUAAUCACCGGUUUGAACCACUUGUAGACUGUGCGUAUGAACAGUGAACAAGAGGUGAAGAUGACGGUAGUACGAGUAAACAGGACAGGACAAAGAGGAGCGAAGGAGUGUAACUCUGAACUGUGGGUUGCAAUGGCAAGAUUUGAAGAUGCUGGCAAUUCUCCAAGUGAAACCCAUCCCAAACCGCCGCUUUAUAACGAAGGUUAACCCAAGAUUUCUGGUCAUUUAGCUCCUUGUUUUGUAGAAGCCGUGUGUCUGGAUCUGACUUUUCACCACAACAAACAGAAGCCCCGUUUCAUCCGCAUCUCACCAAGAUAUUAAGGGGAGCUGUCCAAUUCAGCACCUGAAGUACAACUUGACUGCUUCUAGCUUCUAGUUUGCCGUCUUUCCAGAGAAAUAAGCUAUAUUUAUAUCUUGCAUAGUAAUAGGCUGAUGUAUGUAAACGAGCACAUCUAAAUCCAUUCCAUUUACAACCCUUGGCUGAUCAAAUGAAGGUGUAUUGCCCUAUAGAUGUAAUACCCGACAAAAAACAACACGCUGAACGCCAGCGAGAAGAAACACAUGGACUGAUGGCAGCAAUCGCGAAGGAAAAUGAGGAGGAUAACUUUUUUUAUUGAUUUAUUUCGUUUUUUCUAUGACUGUUUUUCGUUUGGCGUCGGGUAUAGAUUCAUACGGUUCUCUUUGCAUGAACUUGUCUCUUGUGCCAUUGCGGGUGUUUCCACCUCUCUUAAAACCCAGGCACGCUUCUUUUUACCGAGAUCAAUAUUUGUAUUUUUUUAUAGGCUAUUUCGAUAUUUGUUACUCAGAGUCCGAUUUUUAAUAGUCCAUCAACACAGACAGUAUAUGUGUCGAAACAGGCAUAAAACAAUAUCAGAAAAGGACAAACUGAAUGUUAUUUUGGAGAGAGGGUGCGCACAGCAACAUUAACAGGUUUUUCAUUGCAAUAAGCGAUCACGCCUUCCUUGACAAUGAAAAGGUUAGACAUUUUCAACUGCGCUUUUUGAACAUCUCAGUUGUUAAUUUAUUUAUUUGUUUUUGUAUUAUUUUAAAAAUGUUCAGUGUAUGGUUUACUGUGCAUGAUACCUUAAUAUUUUCAUGCUUUUGAACAAUUUAUGAAGCAAAAUUUACAUAAAUGUCUGAAAAUUCUACGAAUUAUGUGAAUAAAUAAAUGAAUU